GUUGCAAGUUAUCGUUUGGAACAUUCAGAUCAUGAAUUGUCAUAUUUUAAUAAACAUUUUAUUUGUUUGCAUCGCCCUCACCACCGGGGCAGUAUUUCGAGGAAUCUAUAAAGACAGUGAUCAUCCGGAUAAGUGUGUAAUGAAGAACAUUGAUUUGGUGUUAUCUCCCGGUGAAGAAGCCAGACACCCCGAUAACUGCAUACGCCUUAUGUGUCAUGAAAAUAAUCUGCUAAUAGGUCAUAGCUGUGGAUCUAUUGGGCCCCCAAAUGGUUGUGUUUUAGGUAAAGCUUUAGAGCCUACAGCACCCUAUCCUGCAUGUUGCAAAAGGGAGUUUAUUUGCAACAACAUAGAUGAUUAAGCACAUAAGUUAGUUCAUAAAUCUUCUUCUUAUAUAUAAAAGCCAA